AUGAAAGAAGACGAACAAGACCCGAGAAAGGGUCUUACGGGCGGGGGCGGCGCCCGGAGUGACAAGGGCAAAGGCCGCAGCAGCGGAGACGACGGUAAGAGCGGGGCCCAAGUACCAUCAAGAAGCGGCAACGACUCGCGCUCGUCGUCAUCGCUGCUAGGCUCGGCGUUGAGCGGACUAGGCCAGGAGGCGUCGUCAUCGCUGUCCGGGCUCAUGGCGGGGCAGGGUAAGGCGGCGAGUGGCAGCGGUAGUAAAGCAGUCGAAUCGUCAACGUGGGCGGCCGAUCAGCGGCAAUGGGCUCCAGAUGGCGAUGGUGGGCGAAUGGAUACGACGGGCCCACGACAGGGAUUUCGCGCAGCGCCCUCCGUGCCAGCAGAAACCUCGUCCUCGCCGACGUCUACGUCUACGGCGUUGCAGCAGCUGCUUCACGACCCUUCGCCACGGUACAGCAGCCGCGAGACGCUUGAGCAAGGUUUGCACGAUAUUGUACGAUCGCAGAGCGUCGUCUCGCAAGAGAGUGAUGCCCCGCACGCAGCGCUCCUCGACCCAGCCUACCACGAAGCAUGGGCGCGCUCCCUGCCAGCGGCGGACCUCUCCUCCACCCUGACCGCGCGUGACGACGCCGAAGCUACGCCCUCCUCCCUCGUCGAGGCGUGGAAUCGCGCCCUCCCUCCCGCAGCAACAGCAACGUCGCCGCCUCGCGUUUGCCCGCCGACGGCCGAGGAGCCUGGGGGCUUCAUGGCUCUCCUUGCUGCGGAGGAGGAGAAGGAGUACGAAGAGAUGAUGCGACCCUUUGAUCCGCAGCGGGCGCAGGCAGACAAUCCCGGCUUUGCGCUGCCUCCUCCAGAUCUGCAGGCGGCAACGUCUGCCGGCUCGAGCGAAGCGAUACGGCCUUACUUUCUUGAGCGGGAUUGGAAGGAGAAGGCCGCUGCGGACCUGGCUGGGCUGCGGGAGCGUCUCGCGGGGCAGAGUGAGGAGGGGAUGACGAGACGGGAGAGACGUAGACUUUUGCGCCUCGUUGAGCGGGAUUUGGCUGUUCUGGCCAGCAGGCUGGAGUACACGGACGAGGUGUGGCUCAACGAGGCCAAGGAGGCGCCGCGGGGUGCAAUGCGAGACGAUGACGACGACGACGACGACGAGGAGCACGCUGGGCAAGCCGAUGCGGACGCGGAGGCGGAGCUACAGGAUCGCAGACAUAGAGCUCUCGAGCGUUUGGCGGGACUACAGCGUCACCUUGCGGGGCGCCUCUAG